AUGGUUAUCUGCACAGAAAGUAAAGCGGAGGCAGGCAGGAUCAGAAGCUUGUCGGCCGGCGAUAGUCGGCUUAUCUUGGCAACCCAGCAAUUUCCAGAUCCGUAUAAGGUCGUUAGCGCAUUACUUGAGAAUUCCUUGGAUGCAGGUGCCUCAGAAAUUGCAAUUGUCUUAGAGGGCAUGGGGCUCAAGAGUAUCACUGUCAAUGAUAAUGGAUGUGGACUGGACUUAUCUACUCUCCAAGCACUCGGGAGCUGUAGGGUCACGACAGCUACUUCUCAGCCAGGCAGCUUGAACCGUAAGGGCGAGUCUAUCUUCUUAAUAUCUGCCUUAAGUACAGUCUUAGUCACCAGCUCAUUGGGAGACGACCCCUAUGAAAGAGUUGUUAGUGAAGAUACAAGCAGCGCAAAGCACGCCACACGAGCAGGCAGGGGGACCACUGUUGUUGUUCAAGAUCUAUAUAGAUCAAUCCCUGUUCGUCAAAGAUACUUCUCGACUCCGUCUCUUCGCAAGAAGCUGCUUCUGUCCAUCACUGAUCUGAUUCAGUCAUAUGCACUGGCUAACUAUACGCUGGGUUUUCGACUAAUUGUGGAUGGAGCUGUGCACAUUGAUGUCUCUUCGGGAUCCAAGAAUUCCAUCCACGACCGCUACGUUGAGCUUUUCGGCAGAGAUGUUCGAUCUCUCGUUGGUUUCUUUUCAUUUGAAACGCGUCUGGGCUAUACUGUUAAGGCCAGUCUUGCGUGCCCAGAUGCAGGCAUUACUCCGCAAAGUAAGCUGGGACAUGCCCGUAAGAUCUUUCUUUCUACCAAUGGAAGGCCCAUACUUUGUCCCUCGUUGAUUGAGGCCCUUCAGCAAGUGUAUGCACGGAUCUCUGCAACCAACGUUCCGAUUGGCGCGUUAAAUCUCGUGCUUCCGUUGGGGACUUAUGCACUGGCACGGAGCACACCCUAUGACACUCUUCAAAUGCAAGGGCUGAGCGUAUUUAUCGAUCUCUUAUCAGAGGAGUAUCUUGCAUGGCUCCUGAGAUAUAACAAAUCGACAAUCACAAAUGGGCAUCUGGGACGCGACGUUACUAGCAAGAGUUUGAUAGUCAGAGCAGCUAAAGAGAAGUCAGUUAAUUCACCAUGUCCUAAAUCUAGCUUUGGAGUUAGAUCUCAGCAACGAGAUACUGUGCCAGAUAAUAUUGUCAUCAGUCGCGUAUCGCACACUAAGGCGGCAUCCUUCUUCCAUACGCGGAAGCCUGAAUUACGUCAAGCAUAUCAUUCUGAGACAAACACCAAUACCGAACCACCCCCUGGAGGCACACCUUCAGUGCUGGGAAUCGUUGGCUUUUCAAAGCUACAAAGCUCACUCUCCAAUCCAGGUCCAUCUGAUGCUUCGGAUUCCAUAAAAGUUGAAAGUCAAUCAUGUGACCCUGAAAGCAAGGUGAGGAUUGGACCAGUAAGAAGAAGAGGCUCGGCAUCGGGAUUCAGACAGCAAGACUUUAAUAAUCUAAAGUACAUAUGUCAAUAUAACCAAUCGUUCCUAAUAACUCAGCUUAACAACACCUUCUACCUGAUCGACCAACACGCAGCUCAUGAAGCCAAGCAUUUUAGCGACUACUGGCAUAACCCACACUGCUACUUAUCGAGGCAGAAGACUAUCACACCCCUGAAGCUAAGGCUUCGACCAGAUGAAAAGCUGUGUCUUGAGGAGUUUCUCUCUAGUGCGAUAUUUGAUAUUAUUGGAUUUGAACUGUGCUUGUCAGAGAAUUACGUGCUUAUUUUUUCUUUCCCAUCUCUUUUUGGGCAAACUCUUACGGAGGAGGACUUCAGAGAGUACCUUUUGUCACUGUAUGGACACACCAGGGAACAUGUUGAGAGCAUCAUAUGCGCCAAGAGUACUGGAUCAAAACCCAGGGAGAAAUCACUUCUCUGCUUACUGCAUAAUAAUAUAGCUCCGCCCAGAAUUAGAAAAAUCUUCGCGUCAAAAUCAUGCAAGGCCUCCGUACGCCUCGGAGACCCGCUCUUAGACUCAACUGCCAAACGUAUCAUUGCAGAUCUGGCCCGUUGCGAGAAGCCAUUUAACUGUCCCCAUGGAAGACCUGUAUUACGAUUCUUAGACCUUGCGCCACGAGCAGAUUCUACCGAUGAAGAUCUGCCCCAUGCAGAAGAAUUACACAGUGAUGUGAUCAAUAGCGAGGACUAA